AUGUACGGCCUCAAGCAACUCGCGCUGCUGAGCUUCAUGCUCCUUUCCGUUUCUGCUAAGGACCCAAACAAGACAAUGGUCGGAUUGGAGACUUCAGAACGCAGCUAUGGUGUUGAUGUACCGAUUGAGGAUUGCCACGAUCUCGAUGAGGAGGAGGUCUUCACAAUCUCAGUCAAGAAGCAUUGCCGUGUUUUCACUGGCCCACUGUGCACUGGCCGAAACACGGUGCUGAGCCCCGGCGACCACUCAAAUGAUGAUCCCGUUCCCAUCACAUCGAUCUACUGCCACGCGAAGCGUCCAUACUAG